AUGGAUCAUCAUCGGAGGCUUUGCGUAGCACAAUUACUUCCCCGCGAGAUUCUGUAUCUCAUCCUCGAAGCCGUCAUCUCCUUGGAUCCUCCUAGGCUCCUCCAGGCGCAUCUCUCUCGUGAACAAACAGCGGGAAAGCCUGAAUGGAGGUCGUUGCCGUACAUCUGUCGGAGCUGGUACGUUCCCGCUCAGAGCGUACUCUACAAGUCGAUAAGGCUUCAUACUCUUAAGGAAACCAGAGGCCUUCAUCACUCUCUAGAAGAUUACCCACACUUGCGACUACUGAUCAAACGUCUACAUCUCCCAACACGGGUCAAUGCCCGCUUUCCGCCCAGCAUCUACCCAUUAUUCCGUAGCAUUAUUCAGCUCGUCAAUAAUCUGCAAGAGUUGACGACUCAUGCACUCAUUUCAAUGGACGAGUCGAGCGGAUUCCCCAUCUCAUCGAACCAACAUAGAGAUCUCUCAUCUUUGUCUUUGCACGGGACAAAUGCAUUAGAAUCUCCUUUCUUUCUCGAAUAUAUAGGCCAGUUUCGUAAUCUCCGACAUCUCACCCUGGCUAGUUUCUCCGAAACGGCCGAUAUCUCUGUUGCACCAAUCCUCGAACGAUUGGACACGAUCACAUUCAAGGCUUGUCCGCUACUCUCAAUACUCGAUGAUUGGCUAUGCGCACAGCCAAGGCUGACCACGCUGCGCAUGCACGAGUCAUCACCCAUAUCUCCAGCACCGCGACUUCUUACAACGACAAAGAUCACUCGAAUGGAGAUGAUGUAUUGCCUUGGAUGGAAAUGGAGUAGGGAUGCUCUCUCAGAAUGGUUCACGGCAUGCUCUUCGGUGCGCUCAUUGCGUAUAUCGGAAGAACUGCUGUUGCAUCAUUGGGAUUUGUUACCAACAAAUCUCCACGAGCUGACCAUCGAGUUCGUUCGAUUUUGGGUCUCAACGGAUGAGUGGACGCAGUAUCUCAGUCAAAAACCAAAGAUCGACAGGCUCGUAUUCGUCUCUCACCGCACAAUAGCAUGGUACAUGGCGCUGGGUCAAGCAUUCGCGGACGUCGCUGCAGAGCAUGGGCUGACGCUGGAGUACCAGUUUCCGAAUUGCGAUUGCAUGGGCAAGUUUUUUACUCUGCGAAUAUCGUAA